GCCAACCAUGGCCGCCACUAGCAAAACCGCCAGCCGAGCUUCCCGGCACGCACAGGACAUUGUGUCCCAUCAAAGACAAUCAGCACCCACAGAGCCCGCCCGCAGUUCCGCGAAGCGAGCGCCAUCGUCCGGCCCAUCCCCGCCAUCCAAAACCACUAGGAAUUCUCCGAAGGGCAUCACCGCCAGGGCCUCAGAACACACCGCCCACGUUGAGCAGGACGCAGCCGAUCCACAGCCAUGCUCCUGCACGCCCGCCGCUCGACGCUUGAUGGAAAAUUGGAGCCCAAGCCCCGAAUUCCUGGAGAACCUGCAACAUCUCAUCCCGCAACUUUGUCCACAGCAUACUCAGCAACUCGCCAUGCAAGCGAUCGGACAUUUAGCCAACGCCCCUGUUACAUCUGCAAAGCGGACGCUUGACGAUCUUGAUGGUGCCAUGCCUCUGCGCAAAGUCCGACGUGUACACCCUUCGCACGUUGCCAGCCGCAACGACCACACUCCUCCAGAUCAUUGUGCCGAACAAGAGCAGGACUUCAAAGAGCAAGCUGUGGUCCGGAUCCGGGGCCGGCUGGGGUUGAAAGGAGCAACCUCAUCAGGACCUCCACUGGAGUCAGCUACGUUUGGGAGGAUGAAUAACAAGAUUAUGAGAGACUUACUGGAAUUGAGCACGCUCCCGAAGACUUCGGGCCCUGAACCGGAAAUCUAUUACCUCACUGGGGCUGAAGCGAAAGAACUUCUGGAGUCACGGAACCGUCUUCGUGGGCCAAUUGUUACACACGGACAACAAAACUUUCAGUGGCAGGAAGGAGAUGGUCAGCCCUUCACCGAGCUAUUCGACCGCUUUGGUUGCCUGGAAGAUCGGGAAGUAAGUGUUCAGAAUCCUUCAUUGAAGGUGGGGCAAUUUUCUGCUGAAAUCUGGACGCUCCAAGAGGUCAAGGAGCAUUUUUGCGAACCCAAAAAUGGUCAAAGCGAGUUCAAUUGCUUAGACAUGGCGUCACCGCUCAAGAAUGCCCUGCCGGCCUUUCUAACCGGACCCAAUUGUGCCCUGCUCAGUUGCAUCCGCGACUUUGUCACUUCGCGCCGGACUGCAGGGAGAAGCUCAUCGUCGGUAGAAGAGUGGAGACUCUGGACGGAGAAGGAGGAGUGGAUUUUGCUUGCCUGGGGCGACAUGUACACGAUCACCCACACAGAUGCCAUGGGAUACAACUCCUGGCUCACCGUCCAACCCGGAUCUAGUCCUGUCGGCUUUGGAUGGAUCUCAAACCCCACCGAGGAAGAGCGGCGCGAAUGGAUCACCCAAAAUGCUACCUUCAGGGGCCAGUUCGGCGGCCACGUCUCCACAAAGCUACGGUACAAGGUGGUAUACCCCGGGCAGACUGUCUGUUUCGCAGCUGGGACUAUUCACUUUGUCUUUCGACUUGCCCAUAAGCCGACAUUCGUUAUUGGCGGCCACUUCCUGCGCUGGUCCGACAUCGACUCCUGGAUUCGCGUGGUUAUCAGCCAAUAUGAGAACAAUGACAGUACCAACGAAGAGGUAGUCGAGUACGCACCACAGUGGGUGAACGCCGUUGCCGCAUUAGUUCAGGACAAGGUGAAGAGAGGGCUGAGCGAGCAGUUGGGCGGCACGGAACCUGUGGAGAGGUUUCGCGAGGGUGUAAGGGACUUUCAGCAGUUAGUAGCAGGGGCAAAGGCGACAGCAGCGAAGGAGAAGAGGGCAGCGGCGGAGCGGAAAAGAGCAGCAGCGGAAGAGAAGAGAGCAGCAGCAGCAGCAGCAGCAGCAGCGAAGAAAAAUCUAGCAAAGGGAAGGUCACCGAAGGAAAGGGCAGCGACGAGAAAGGCACCGAAGAGAAGGGAAGAGAAGUAGACUCAAGUAGAAUGAGCUGCUUGCACGUGGACAAGCUAAAAAUCACAUUCCACGUAGAGUACUGCAACUCGAACAUGUCUUUUAUCCGGCUCUUGUCUCGACGCGCUUUGAACCGAUGGUAUCGCUGGGGUGGCUGCAGUGUGAGGUAUGCAUGGUACUCCUAUUCUUCUUUCCAGAUGGUGCUGUAAGAACCGUCACUCCCAGCCCUUGGAUGCCU